CUCGGCUUUUGUUCUGAUUGCUUUAAAUAAGCGCCGAAUUAUACGCGGGUAUUUAUCUAAGAUUAAAUGGCUGAACCUUAAACCCAAUAAGUGUUAAUUUCGUUCUGCCGUAUUUUACAUACAUGUAUAUAAAGCGCUCGGAACAUAAAUGCAUAAAACGAAUUGACUUCAUUAGUAGAGAUUAAACGGUUCGUAAUAUGUACUUAAUUUAAUUCAAUUUUAAUUCGGCAAACAUUACGGAUAGAAAAUUGUGUCUCUGUCACAAAAGCAAACUUGCAUGUACAUUUGGAUCUCUAUCGACUGUGUUCCACGGCAUCAUUUUACUAUUUAAUGGACGUGUUCAUUAUUAAUAAGAUAAUUAUUAAAUCGACAUUAACAGUUUCGCUGUGUUUAAAGCGCUAGGGAAAUAAAACAACACAUUUAUUAUUAAUUUCAUAAUUUUUGUGAUCGAUACAUUCAAAUCUCGGGACUUGGUGGAAAUACGAAUUGCUAUUUCUAUAUGGGUCUAACAUGGUGUGCAGAGUAGAUGAUAGAUGCUAUCAAUGUAUGACCAAGGAAUGUGAAAUCCGUGACAGGCAAUUUAGCUAAGAAGACUUAAUCUAUUGAUUUCAAUUACUGAUCAUUACAAAGAUGGCGACGUUGGCGGAAUCUAACUUCCACGGGCACCACACUCACCGUCUGCAUCACUAUGACAACGGCGAUGACGUAACGGAGACUGAUGACGUCAAAGAUAUGUCAAGCACGUUGACGCUGCAGACGGGUUUCGGAAGUAUGUCGCAGUCUCGUCUAAACCUCCACAACGAGAAGAUGCGCAUGCACUCAAGUUUUCCCAAUCUCCUGAGUAUUUACCAGACGCCCAUCGAAGAGGAAGACGGAGAUAGGCCUCGCAGGCGGGUCAAAGGAAAGCAUAAGAAAUUGACGAAACAGACGCAAGAUGGGGAAGAACAUCACGAUAACAGACAGCGGAAUGAGAUGCGACAGUUGCGAAUGGAAGCUGUUGCUAGGGAACAGCUGGAAAGGUUCGACGACUACGUAAAGCGCUUGCGCAGCAAGGUGGACAAGCAGCGCGAGGAGCGCCGAAAAUACAACGAGGCGCUUCAAGGGCGCCUGCGCGAACAGGAAGAAGUGGAGAAGAAAAAGCUUCGACUUCACCGCGGACCUAAGCACGUGUACGUGCAUGACAAGUCUUACGUGAAAACACUUCCGGUGUCGAAUUACUGCAAAGCGACGCGCUUGGCAGACGAACUACAGCGGAAGGGCGUUCUGCGCACUCGACAAGACGUGGAGAAAUAUUGGUCAUCGUAUGGCAACAGUCGUAUAUUAAACCAGGAUAUAUUCUCGGAAAAUUCAAACAAUUCAGUUAAUUAUACUCAUAAUUGGAUUGGCGAACGUUUGCCUAAGAUACGGGUCGGCGAUGAUGACGACAACGAUGAUGUAGCACUUACCGACGAGCUCGUGCAUAACCGGAAGAAGCAACUUCCGCCAAUCAAGAAGACGAAGACAUAGUUUUUUUGUUGGCGUUCAUUUCAUGUGUGCUGUUCAAAGAGCACUGUUCAUUCGUUAUUGCAUUGCCUGAUUCUUUACUUGUUAUUAAGUAUAUUUUGAUCGUGUUUUGUUCACUUGUUUUUCUACAAAUAAAGCGUUCAACACAG